AUUAGUCAACACACACACAACCAUAGCUCCCGAGCCCCCAGAUAAAUCAUAAUAAUGCAGAUCGGCCCCGCUCUCCUCGCUUUCUUCUCCGCUGCGCUUGCGGCUCCUGUUCCCAAUCCUGACAACCUCUUCGACCGUCGUCAACUGGCUAUUGCUCGCGCUUCGGAUGGCUCCGAACACACGCUUAUAAACGGUCCUGGUAUUAUACCGACUCCCGAUGUUGGCGAGAUCGGUGAUGCUAUUUACGAAGACGCCGAGGGCGUGCAUAUUUGGGACCGCGAGGAAUACGAUGUCCUGCACCGUCGCCAACUUGCAAUUAUUCGUGAAUCUGAUGGUGCUGAGCGUACAUUCAUCAGUGGUACUGAAAUUACGCCAGCCCCUGAUGUUGGUGAGAUUGGUGAUGCCGUUUACGUGGAUGCCAGCGGCUAUCACACAAGGAUCAGAAAGGAAUACGAUGUCUUGCAUCGUCGCCAGCUUGCAGUCAUUCGUGACUCAGACGGAUCUGAGCAUACCUUCAUCAGCGGCACUGAAGUUCUGCCAACUCCAGGCGCUGGUGAGAUCGGUGAUGCUAUUUACGAAGACGCUGAGGGUGUGCAUAUUUGGGACCGCGAGGAAUACGAUGUCCUGCACCGUCGUCAACUUGCAGUUACUCGUGGCUCGGAUGGUGCUGAGCGUGCGUUCCUUAAUGGUGCUGACAUUUUGCCAACUCCCCAUGUCGGUGAAAUCGGCGAUGCAAUUUAUGAAGAUGCGGACGGUGUGCAUAUCUGGGAUAACGAUGGCAACUAAGCAGAGGGCGCUCAUGGCUGAUUACAAGCCAAUUCAAGAACAUGGCUAAAUAUUGUACAUAUGUUCAUUCAAAAGAAUAAAUAGCUGACUUAUAUC